AUGUUGAAGAAGUUUAACAUUGAUAUCCUUGCUUUGUUUGAGACGCAUGCCGGAGGUGAGAAGGCUGGGAAGAUUUGUCAGAGUUUGGGCUUCGAACAUUCGUUUCGAGUUGAUGCAGUGGGACAAAGUGGUGGCCUGUGGUUGUUGUGGAAGGAUGGGUGCGGGUCAGUUACCGUUGUCGAGAAUUCCGACCAGUUUAUUUAUGCCAAGGUGAGUGAUGGCGAGGAGAAUAUACACGUGGUAGUGGUGUAUGCAGCUCCGACAGUGAGCCGUCGAAGUGGUUUAUGGGAAAAAUUAAGUGAGGUGAUUCAAGACAUUGAGGAGCCGUUGAUUGUGGGUGGAGACUUCAAUACGAUCCUCCGGCUGGAUGAGCGUACAGGAGGUAAUGGGCAGUUAUCUGUAGACUCAUUAGCGUUUGAAGGAUGGGUUAAUGAUAACUACCUGAUAGAUAUGGGAUUUAGAGGUCACAGGUAUACAUGGCGUCGUGGUCGAACGGAGCAAUACUAUGUGGCUAAACGCUUGGAUAGGGUGUUUUGUAAUGCGCAUGCGAGGUUGAAGUGGCAGGAUCCAUCGGUGACUCACCUUCCAUUCUUGGCAUCCGAUCACACCCCGCUCUAUAUACAGCUCUCACCGACGCAAUCAAGUGACCCGAAAAGGAGACCAUUCCGAUUCGAAGCGGCUUGGUUGUUGCACGAGAGCUUCCAAGACUUGCUGAGAAACUCUUGGAAUAAUGCAGUGUCUACUCCACACGCGCUCCAGGCUUUGAGAGAGAAGCUAAAAAGAUGGAAUCACGAGGUCUUCGGUGAUGUGAACAGACGGAAAGAGGAGCUUCUCCGGCAAAUAAAAAACCUCCAAGACUUACUGGAGGUCAAUCAGACUGAUGCGCUUCUGGAUAGCGAGAAUACGUUGAUGAAGGAACUGGAUGCAGUAAUGGAGCAAGAGGAGCUCAUCUGGUACCAAAAAUCACGAGAGAAGUAUAUCGCUCACGGAGAUCGAAAUACGAGAUACUUCCAUACCUCUACGGUUAUCAGACGGAGAAGAAAUCGGAUUGAGACGCUGAAAAAUGACACAGGACAAUGGGUGGUGAACCAAGACGAACUGGAAGCAUUGGCGGUGGGAUACUUCCAAAGACUCUAUUCCCUGGAUGACGUGGAUGCUACGGUAGAGCGACUCCCCCACGGUGGCUUCACGGAGCUCAGUCGAGAGGAGAAACUGAGGUUGGAUAGACCCUUUGUAGCAACUGAGGUGGUAUGGGAAGGUUCAAGGCUCCGGGGAUAG